CAGCCUUACGUAUGACAUGUGUGGGAUCGUAAUUUACAAGGUAAUGCUGAGAUUGGCGCGCGGAUCCUCUUGGAAGACUGAUGUCUCCAAUCCCCAUCUCCCAUCGUACUACGAUAGCCGCCAACCGCGCACCAUGUCAUAUUGCCACAAACUCCAAAUUCUCGUGAGCUGGUCUACCAUGAACCUUGAUAAACCUUGACAGACCUUGACAAUCGAAAUUAACGUCAAUGGGUCGAGAUCGCUCGGCUCAUAAGCCGGUUCG